ACAGUGAAAGUGGAUCAAUACGCGGUGAGCGUGCGGCUCGUCUGGCAGCGUGCGGCGUGUUUCUCCUGCGAGGCCGCCCGUCCGCGUUCGCAAGACAUUCGCGGCGAUCGUUGAUGGAUCAGAUUCACCUCGUUGACAGUCGUCGUUUCCACUUCACACGCGUAAACUUCAUCUCCGAAUUCCACGCGGAUUGACAGGAAUGCGCGUGGCUGCGAUCGAAUCGCCGGUGUUGCAUCGAGGGUGUCCGACGAGACGCGUGAGGUGUUUUGUCUCUACCGACUCUAAGGACUCGAUUUCUCGGGACGAUUAAGAAGAUUGACAGCUCUUGUCGGGAGGCUGGGUCCCCUCUAUCUGAUCUUCGAUCAAUUCCCUCUGCCUCAUAUCCCUCAUCAUCGACGGCCCGGAUUGAAAGGUAUCUCGGUCUCGCGUUCGAUUAUGCGAUAGUGACGGACAGACGACAGGUUGAUCUUCGCUGCAUGGAAUCGGGAAGAUUGGAAACUUUGCCGAUUCGUGGUUGACGGCGAGAACGAAGAGGGAAUUAGAAAGCUGCUCGGAUCAUCGUGUACAUGUUACGUGGCCGAGAUGUACCUGUCUCAGCUUGCACGGAGGGUGAUCUGCAAACAGGAACUAACUUGCAUGCGAUUUCUGCGUUGGACUAUCUUGGUACCGCUCGUGAUUUAUAUGUCGCUCCUAUUUGUCAAAUACAAUAAAAGCGUGCCUCUGAAAAGCCUAUCGACCCCAAGCGACAGGGACAAAGAGGGCUCCGUGAUGGACAGCUUGUUCGUCGAAUUGGAGGCCGUGACAGUUGACAAAAAGAACUUGGCGGGUUACAAGAAUGUCGGAAUUGAUCGCAGAGACGACGAGAGCAUACGGGAAGUCGUGGAGGCGGAAAAUCGUCAGGAUCCGAGAAGCCUUCUAGAGGACAUUUUCCAAAGGGCGGAUACUGACGAGAACCAAUUGUUGGAUAUUCAGGAACUGGCCAAGUGGAUCCAUGCGAAAAUCACCGAACAUAUUACGCGCGCCAUGCGAGAGAACGUCGGUUUGUUCACCGCCAUCGACAACAAUCCUAGAAACGGUGAAGUAUCGUGGGAAGAAUAUCACGCUUAUUUCCUGAGGACUCACGGUUUCUCUGAAACCUACAUAAAUUCCCACGAUAAGAAACACAGCGAGAUGCCGAGGACGUUAAAAGAAAGCAUAAUGAGGGAUAGAGCGCGUUGGGCGGAGGCGGCUAGAAACGAUCCUGAAAAGUUGGCUCUGGAUGAAUUUCUAGCUUUCACGCAUCCCGAGAGCAGUCAUAGAGCUCUUUUACAAAUGGUGGAGGAUCUCUUUGAAAAAUUCGAUCGAGACGGCGAUGAGCAGUUAACAGAAGACGAAUUCUCGGAUUUGCCGUCGGAAGGAGUCGGCCUGGAUUUGCGCGAGGAUCGACAGCAGUCGAUAGGAGGCAGCGAAGAUAGGCGUAAAGAGUUCCGACAUUUGAUUGACAAGAACAAAAAUGGGAAAGCAGAUAGAACCGAACUUUUAAUGUACAUCGAUCCACGAAAUCCUAGACAUGCCAUCCAAGAGGCCCAACAUUUGAUCACUUUAUCAGACACGAAUUUAGAUGGGAAAGUGGAUCUUCCGGAGAUUCUGAGUAAAAUGGACCUAUUUCUCGACAGCAAGAUGGUAGACACCGAGAAAAGUUUUCACGAUGAGUUUCGAUAGUUUUUUCACAUAUGACGAAAGUUAUAAGCAUCUAUGAUAAAGAAGAAGAAAGACGAAGGUUCCUUCGACAUUCGUACUGAGAGAUUCGACAAUAUGAUUUUUCCAUCGAUGGUCAACAAAUUAGACCAAUACAGUUAAUCAAUUUGUGCAGGGUACACAUUUUAGCAAAUUUUAAUGCGGAGUUGCUUUAUGAACUUUAAUCGAUUUAUCGCGCAAACAAAAAUUGCAGGCUUUUAGAACAAAUCUGUGAUAGUCUUUACAAUGUAGAAUAUCGUUUAAGUAGACACAAUUAUUAUAAUUAAACAACACAGUAUAAUUAAACAACAAAUAAGCGUUAUAUUGAUUCACGAUAGAAGAAAUGACUCGGUCAGAUCGUUUCACAGGGUUAGAAUUAUCAAUAAUUACUUGCCAAUUGGAUAAAGAAUUGCAAAUCCGUCCUUUCGUAGAUCUUUAUCGUGACUUCUUAGUGUUUCUCGUGUGUGACUCGCUCACAAAUUAUCAGGAGAGUUAUUUAGACUUUGAAGAUUAGAAGAAGACUUUUCCGUUUUGUAUCACCGGUCUAAAAAUAUCGUUCCAUACAAAUUAUACAAGAAAAAAAUAUCAGAGAUUAUAUAAUUUAAUAUAACUAUUUAAUUCGUGAUAUAUUAAUGGAUGUAAUUAAUAUUUAUAGAACAAUAUG